UUCGGUUCAACAAGGGUCAUGAUUCCCCAAUUGCUUGUAGAUCCUAUCAGCUCCGUUGGCAGCCCGAAUUAAGCUACAGAACUUGCCUUGGCAGCCCAAUUAAGCUAUAGAACUUGCUCGCUCGCUCACUGUCUCCCUCCCUACCUCCCUCCUUCCCUCUCUCUCUCUCUCUCUCUCUCUCUCUCUCUCUCUCGUGGAUGAUGGCUAUAGAGCUAAAGCUGUCUCGAGCAGAUCGUAUAUAUCGCCCAUCUGAACAUAUUGAAGGAACUAUCAUCAUCACCUCUUCGUCACCUAUAUCACACCAUGGCAUCAAGAUUACCAUUAACGGUGCCGUCAAUCUGCAGGCACGAAGUGGAGUGACCGGGGUGAUUGAUUCCUUGUACGGUUCGGUCAAACCAAUUAAAAUCAUGAGUAAAUGUGUUGAUGUAAGUCAUUCCAGAAAGCUAGCUGCUGGUAAAACAUUGGUACCAUUCAGUAUUACUUUAGCCUCACCAGGAUCUGAUGAAUUUUUUGAGACCUUCCAUGGAGAAAAUAUUAGCAUACAGUAUUUAAUAACUGCAGAUGUGGUCAGGGGAUAUCUGCAUAAACCAUUAUCUAUGACUAUGGAAUUCAUUAUUGAAAGCGACCGAGCUAAGCUUAUGGAGACUAUACCUUCUCCUGAAAUGGUCAGCUUUUACAUCACUCAAGACACUCAGAGUCACCAAUUAUUGCCAGAACUAUUAUCAGGUGGUUUUCGUAUUUCUGGAAAAAUGGUGACCCAGUGCACUUUGUCCAAUCCUUUAACUGGUGAUCUAACAGUUGAAGCAUCUGCUGCCCAAAUAGAGUCCAUUGAUAUUCAGUUGCUUCGCGUGGAAUCAAUCCUUGUUGGUGAGAAAUUUAUAAGUGAGACAUCUGUCAUUCAAACCACACAGGUGGCAGAUGGAGAUGUGUAUCGUUCAAUGAUGCUUCCCAUCUACAUCAUAGUUCCCCGUCUAUUGACAUGUCCUACAGUUUUAGCUGGACAAUUUUCAAUAGAGUUUCAGGUCUCUAUAGUUAUAACAUUUCGCUCAGAGUUGUCAAAACUGUAUCCCAAAGGUGAUCUGAGGACUCCCAAACCAUGGCUGGCAAUGCAAACACUUCCUUUGAGAUUGAUAAGAACCAAGUGAAAAAUAUCACUUGAAGUGGAGGGAUGAAUCAAUGUCACUGCUCGUCGCAUGCACUUCCUGACGGCCAGUCUUCUGCCCAACAAUGUACCAUGAAUAAAAUUUGAUAUGUGAAUUGUAUGCCUUUUGUUCCUUAAUUAAAAUCAGAACUGCAAAAGCAAUCCCAAACGUUGUUACAUCCACCGUCCCAAACGUUGUUACAUCCUUGAACUUUCAGCUAGCAUGCAAACACUUCCUUUGAGAUUGAUAAGAACCAAGUGAAAAUAUCACUUGAAGUGGAGGGAUGAAUCAAUGUCAUUGCUCGUCGCACGCACUUUCUGUCGGCCACUCUUCUGUACCAUGAAUAAAAUUUGAUAUGUGAAUUGUA